CCAUGCUGCGGUCAACCUCCAACUCGAUCUCUAGUAACCAAACAACUUUCCAAACCUUCCCAAUAGAGGAUUCAACUUCAAGAUUAAUUUUGAAAUUAAUAAAAAUUUCUUCAAGUUUCUACGCAGCAGAAAUAGCUUGUGGACUUUUCUACCUUCAUUCAAAAGGAAUAAUUUACAGAGACUUAAAAUUGGAUAAUGUAAUGCUUGAAAGGGAUGGACAUAUUAAAAUAACAGAUUUUGGAAUGUGUAAAGAAGGUAUUGUGGGUGAUGCUACUACAAAAACUUUCUGUGGAACGCCUGAUUAUAUUGCUCCAGAAAUUAUUCUUUACCAACCUUAUGGAAAAUCUGUUGAUUGGUGGGCCUUUGGAGUGCUUCUUUUUGAAAUGUUAGCAGGACAACCCCCUUUUGAUGGUGAGGAUGAAGAUGAAUUAUUUACUGCAAUAACAGAACAUAAUGUAUCUUAUCCAAAAUCAAUGUCCAAAGAGUCUGUUCUCAUCUGUAAAGGUUUUCUAACCAAACCCCCAUCCAAAAGGUUGGGAUGUGGGUCUGAAGGAGAACGUAAUGAGCACUGCUUCUUCCGUCGUAUAGAAUGGCCAAAAAUAGAAAGGCGGCAAGUUCAACCUCCCUUCAAACCUAAAAUUGUAAGUCUUUCUUUCCUUUUAAAAAUCCGUAAAAUUAAAUUUUUCCCCUUUUUUGUGCUGUGA